AUGUCACGCCGGAAACAGAAGAGACCCCAACAUCUAGUCAACGCCGAUCCGGGGGGUCCCGGGGUGCUCGCUCAAGAUGAACUUCCGUGCUUGAAGUCGCCAUCCACCUCUCUGGGCUCGGAAGUGACUUCAUCAGGGUCCUCUUCCUGCUCCCCAAACUCACAACAAGACUGCCAGCCUCCCUUGGCCCCUCGCCCGUCCCCCGGUGGGCUCCACGCGCCCUCCUUGCCCAACGAGAGCUCGCCCCCUCCCCACUGGGCUAACCACAUGGCACCGUUCGCUACCUCCCUACCAAACACCCACUCUUCCCUGUCUCCGGACUUUCCUCACCCAUCGCUGUCAUCCCAGACUCACUCGCCUCCCCCUAUGGGACAGACCUUGAGCUGUCAAGCUCAGUCGCAUUCUACCGUGGCCUCCCCGACGAUGGGUGUUUCCGCCAGCACCAAUGCUGCCUCGUCCUCCCAGGGUCCGCCAGCUCAAUGCGCCGGGGAAAGCCCGGCUCAACACCGUGCCGCUGGCUUGCCCGGCCCACAAGUUCUUCAAGUACCUCCCACCUUGGCCGUACUUCUGGAGGAGCUUCGGGUUUUACAGCAGAGGCAAAUCCACCAGAUGCAGAUCACUGAGGAAAUUUGCAGGCACGUUUUAAAGCUUGGAGGCGCAGUCCUGGGACAGGAUGCCAACCCGCGAGUCAGUGGGACCGAGAGCCGCCCGAAGGCCGCUUCUCUGUCACCGGCACACCCCUCGACCGCCACACCAGUCACCACUGCUGCAGCGUCGUUGCUAACGGGCCUUCCGUCAUCCCUCUUCGCUCAGCCGUCUCUCUCCAAACAAGGUUCUCCCCACGUGAACGGCAGCAGAACCCCGUCGUCCUUGCAGUCGUCCGUGUCCAGCUCAUCCGUGGCAUCCCUUCACCCGCUGUCUUUGUCCAUGGGGUUGCCGCCGCGCUCGUCCUCCAACAGCGCUUUAUUUGCUCACAGCAACGGUAUGAGCUUCCCUGCCGGAAGCCAAUCACAGGAGAUUCCAUCCGCGUCCUCUUCUCUGGGCUCUGCAUCGACGUCGGGACGACCGCAGCACAUGUGUCGCUUCUGCGGUAAGGUCCUGAGCAGCGACUCGUCACUGCAGAUCCAUCUAAGAUCACAUACAGGCGAGAGACCGUACCAAUGUCCAGUGUGCUUGAGCCGCUUCACUACACGUGGAAACCUCAAAGCUCAUUUCCUGCGGCAUCGAGAGCAGAAUCCGGAGCUUUCGCUCUCGUUGCUGCCCCCCGCACUCUCAGAGCAGACGCCAAGCGUCUCAACCACUGGCGCCGUCCAGAGGAGAAGGAAGCGCAGAGCUGAUGAAGAUGAGUCUUUUCACGGAGUGAAAGGAAGCGUUCCCACAAGCGUUCAGGACAACGUGGCUCUGGGAUUCCUGUCCAGCACGUCCCCACGACCCUCUCCUUCCUCUCUGCCCCUGCCACCCUCGGUGGACAUGGCACUCCUGUCCACAGCCCACUCCCUGCUGCAGCUAAACCGGGCCUCCGCAGUCGCUGGCACACCGAGCUCCGUGUUGCCUUCUUCCACAUCAUCCUUGUCCUCUUCUUCUCUGGCAAGUCAGUUUAAAGGCGUGAAGCAACAGCGCUUCGAUGAAAAUACUCCUCCUCACUCUGCCCUCCACACUCCAGCCUCCUACUCCCAAUUGACUCACCUCCCAAAAAUCCUUUUCCCGGGAGGCGCAUCCCCACACCAUCUGGCCCUACUGCGACCUACGGGCCUGGGGUCUGCCUCUCACCUCACUUCAGCACAUCAGCUCCCCUUUCCUUUCCCACCGUUCCCUAAAGCACCCACCUCUUCUCCCUCAUCCUCUCCUGCCACUUUGUCUCAGACCUCAGACACUUCCAAAUUGCAGCGUCUGGUACAGAAGUUGGAGAAACAGCCUCAAGAAGGAGCCUCAUCUUCCUCUGCCCCCUCACUCACCCUGGCAGAGGCCAACACUAACGGUCACGACCUGACCACCGCCUCUAGUGUCUAUCGUAGGGAUAUGUUAGCCACCCUCGGCCUCGGUCCAAACUCCAGCCAAGGGGUCUCGGGCGCCAACUUGACCACCACCGUCACAGCUACUUCACCUCUGCCUGCUGCUCAGGCGGCAAAUCAGUGCGGGGUGUGCCUGCGGGUUCUCAGCUGUGCUCGAGCCCUUCGCUUGCACCAAGCUACCCACCUGGGAGAACGUCCUUUUCCUUGUAAACUCUGCGGUCGCUCCUUCUCCACCAAGGGCAGCCUCAGGGCCCACCUGGCCACUCAUCGAGCCAGACCGGCCAACUCCCGAGCGCUCAACUCCUGUCCACUGUGCCCGCGCAAGUUCACCAACGCCUUAGUGCUUCAGCACCACAUCCGCCUUCAUCUCGGAGGGCAAAUACCACCCGAUGAAGACGCGAUGCAAGCAGAAGAUGGCACAGACACAGAAAACGCCACCUUUGUUGACGACGCAGAGAACGACCCGGAGAGCUCUCCGUCACAGGCUCAACAGCUCCUUCCGCUGGCACUUACAACUGCAACCUCUAAAAUUUCCAUUGUUAAGACAGUCACAGCUUGUGAUGUCAAGAUGGAGGAAUCUGAGGGUUCCGCACCCAGCAAAAGCCCGUCCCUGACCCCUAAUCCCCAAUUGGCAAGAGUCGAGGACCCCGUGGGUGUGACCAACAACCUCGAAGAUGGUAGCCCCCUGAAUGAUUCUCAAGAGGAAGCCCACGCUGACCUCCGAAAACCUGACAAAGCCCAAUUGGCAAGCCCCGGUUCUGCCACAGUGAACGGCAAUGACGGCCCUCUCUCCCUGAGUACCCCAAAGCUCGACACGCCUAAUGAGAUUGGAAACAAAUGUUCCCCAGCAGGAAAUAAUUUACGUGAACUCAGCCCUGAAGACAGCCCAGCAACCUGCAGCUCUUCCGCCGACGUCAGCAUCCAACAGGAAAUAUCCCAAAGUGAAGGCGAGAGAGACAACGUGUUCACGGUGCCGCCACCUUUGACAGCAGCAGAAUCGGACAAAGGGAGCACAGAGCCUCCCGAGCCUCCCGUCGCCGCUUCUGUACCCCGUGCCCAACUUCCUCGUCCGGACAAACCCUACUGCUGUUCCCAGUGCGGGAAGACGUACGCCAGCCGCAGCGGUCUAAAGGGUCACAUGAAAACUCACGCUAUAGCUCUGGCCAUCUCCGCCAAGGCUCAGAGCAACAAAAGUGAGGCUGCUGAAGAUCCAAGCUCCAAGGAAGAUAAGAAGACAGACAGCGCGGAUCCAGAAGCAACGCUUCAUUGUGAUGAAGCUGCCUGCUGA